CGAGAGCUGAGGGAACUAAGGUUCCGAGCGGAGCGGGAGCUUCCGGGAGCGGUGUAGCGGGGUGGGGGUAAACGGGCCGCACCGGGGUCGAGUGAGGGGGAGGAUGAAGAAGGAGCAGGUGGUUCGCUGCCAGUUCUCCGUGUGGUACCCGCUCUUCAAGGCCGUCACCAUCCGCAGUGUCAUACUUCCCCUGCCAGACAAUGUGAAAGAAUAUUUGCUGGAUGAUGGAACGCUUGUGGUUUCUGGAAGAGAUGAUCCACCGAGUCACGCUCAGGAGAGGAGCGACGAUGCAGAGGAAAUACAGUGGUCGGAUGAUGAGAACACUACAACACUUAAGGCACCAGAAUUUCCUGAGUUCACAGCUAAAGUGCAAGAAGCAAUAAGUUCCUUGGGUGGUAGUGUUUUUCCUAAACUUAACUGGAGUGCUCCGAGGGAUGCCUACUGGAUAGCAAUGAACAGCUCUCUGAAAUGCAAAGCUCUCAGUGACAUCUUCCUCCUCUUCAAGAGUUCAGACUUCAUUACGCGUGACCUCACUCAGCCAUUUAUUCACUGUACUGAUGAUUCCCCUGAUCCUUCCUUGAACUAUGAGCUUGUUCUUCGCAAAUGGUGUGAACUAAUCCCUGGUGCAGAAUUCAGAUGCUUUGUCAAGGAAAACAAGCUCAUAGGUAUAUCACAGAGGGACUACACUCAAUACUACGAUCAUAUCUCUACGCAACAUGAGGAGAUCUGUAGAUCAAUACAGGAGUUUUUCAAGAAGCACAUACAGUAUAAAUUCUUGGAUGAAGACUUUGUAUUUGAUGUGUACAGAGACAGCAGGGGUAAGAUCUGGUUAAUAGAUUUUAACCCGUUUGGCGAAGUAACAGACUCCUUGCUCUUCACAUGGGAAGAACUGACCUCCGGGAAAAACUUGAAGGAAGACCAGAGCGAAGGGGAAGCAACAGAACAGGACUAUCCGGUUUUCCGUUGUACAAACAGUAAAGUUACUGUCCAGCCCAGUCCAUACCUGAGUUACCGACUGCCGAAAGAUUUUGUGGACCUUUCUACAGGAGAGGAUGUUCACAAAUUAAUCGACUUUCUUAAACUGAAAAGAAAUCAGCAAGAUGAUGACUGAGGUAUCAAGAAGCAUUACGCUGAAUUACAAGCAAGAAAAGUGGCAGAAGCUAUAUUUAUCAUAACUAUUAAGCUAUUGAUUUAAAGAAAACCUGCUUUUUAUAGUCAACGAAAGAACUGAAGAGCUGUUCAUCCUGUGUGUCGGUUGGUUUAUAUAAAAGUGUAGAAAAGUGUUUUCAGGGAACUGUAAAAGGUCAGGGUGAGUUCUCACUGGAUUCCAGGUUAAAUGCAACUUUUCCAUGGUGCAGGCAACAAUCUGAGUGCAACUGAACGACUGCUUUCCCAUGUCAUAAUGUGAAGGUUGAUGCCAUUGAAGUUUGCCAUCGGACUUUUCUGUGAUAAAUAUGACAACAUUUAAUGCUUGUGCAGUUAAAACAUCGAGCAUUUUCUGAAUUCAGGCACAGUCUUACUUAAAAUAUAGUAUAGUCACAAGGAAAGAAAGGAAUGUACAUUUUUUUUUCUGUAGUAAGCUUUUAAAAUUGUAAAAUAACUUUGUUUUGGGAGCACUUCUCAUUCUUCCUUGAUGUAAAAAAAGAAGAAAAAAAAGUGGAGAAAGUAUGGGUUUUUUCUAUGUUAUGCAGGCUACUACUUCAUUUCGGAGAACAGCUGUAGCAGACUACUUAAGGCUUGAAAAAAUUGCUUUUCAGAAAUUUGAAAUUCUGAAAGCAUUUCAAGUAAAGUAGUAUUUUCACAGGAGCUAAAGCUAUGAAAUUUGUUAAACUUCACCAAAUUUCAUUUCUUUUUUGUAGUAAAGCUUUCUUGAAACUUACUUUUUAACAUCAUUGCAUACCAGACAUCAGCUUUCCUAUAAAUAGUUAAAGAUAACAUCAACCUGUAAUUUUAUAUGUGGACUCAGUCUUGUUUCUUUUGUAUCAUGUCUCUUCACUUUGAAAUGAUUACUCUUUCAGCUUGUAAAAUUCUGUAUUCAUUUGGUACGUCUUCAUGUUCUUUGUAUAAAAGGAAGCUUGACUAAAUUUGGGGAAACAGAA